UAGUGCGCGGUGCAAUCACGAUUUUUGUAUUAAACAUGAAGCAAUGUCUCUGGUGGAACUCCUGGUUGGUGGGCUCGCGGAUUGUGUUGCACAGUGGACAUAGUGUUGUAGACCAGUCUCGUGAACCUACUUACCUUGUAUUACUUUGGUAUUCUUACUUUGAGGAAUUGAACUUCCCGACGAUUACACCUCUAGACUCAGUUGAAGGUGCAGACCUAGUGAAAAUCUACAAGGGAGAAUAUGAGCUAGCAGUGGGAUGCAAUCAAUUAAUCCAUUCAUCCCAAUAAGACGAUGGGUAACUGUGGGAGUUGUCCAGAUUCGAUUAUCGCCUCGAUUACUGUAUGGUGGACCACUUCAAAGCUGGUGAAAAUGGGGAAGAGGAAUCACACUACGGUGGUAUUGGUUUAGGU